CGCGCCCCGCCACCAGCGCGCCAGUCCGCUCCGCGGCGUCGAGUGAUGCGCCGGUGUGUUGCGUGUCCCCUCACUCCACCGUUUAGUGUCCGACCUCUGUAACCGACCGUUUAUGACAUUCGACAACCCCGCCCCGUGCAUUUUUCCGAGUUGCAUUUCGAUCAGUGCGAAGAGUGCAUCGGCUGCAGGCGAUCUGCGGAGGUGUCGGUGGCCCCCCGCAUUUAUUUAUGUUGUCGUUUUGGUGUGGUGAAUAUUUGUGUUGUACGGGCGAUUACCGUAUUAUUUGUGCAAUCGAGUCGAGUGGAUAUUUUUAAAGAAAAACUCCUCUAUCCCGAAGAGUAACCCUCGUGGCGUGUAGCGCAGCGCAUGCGGCGCGACCCGCGUGCCAUGCGCUGCUAAAGGCGCGAUGGUUGGCGUGGGCGUGGCGGAGGGCGGCCCGGGCAGCGGAGGCCCGGCCGACGGCUACUACGGCGAGUACUACCCUCCGGAGCCCUAUUACGUGCCGCAGGAGAUGUGCCCGCAUCCACAGCAGCACCCACAACACCCCCAUAUGUGCACUGUGCACGCAGAGUAUGGUGGCAUGCCUGUGGUAACGAUGCCGCAGCUGAUGCCGCAAGUGAUGGACUACCUCGUGGCACCGCACCCACACCCUCACCACCCCCAGCACCACCAGCCGCCCCACCACCAGCCGCCUCAUCACCAACCGCCUCCGCAUCAUCAACCGCCCCACCCUUAUGGACCAACAAAUGGUGCUGGCGGCCCACAACACUUCUACAGUGCGGGUUACCCACCUCAUUACCACCAUGUACCUCCCCACCACAUGCAGCACUCCCCACCACCUGCCGUGUACCAGAAAGAUGAGCGGACGCAGCAGAGGUACACCAAACUCAAGCAGAAACUGGACCGGAAGCAGGCCAAUAGAAAUAAUGGGAUAGAGGUGAACUCGGGCGCGAGUACCCCGUCGCUGUCCCCGCGCAAGGAGCUGAACGGGCGCGGCGGAGGCAGCGGCGGCGCGUCCUCGGGCGCCUGGUCCGAGGGCGAGGGCUCCUCCGCCGGCGCGUCCGUGCAGGGCGACGACGAGAACGACAUGCAGGCCAUACUCGACCUGCUCUCCGCUACGAGGACGCCGCAGGUGAGCGACAUAACCCCGACCAGCGCGCUAGUGCAGUGGAACUCGCCGCACCCCGAGGGCGUGACGCUGCCCAACUUGGAGCUGACGUACGACCUGCUGCUCGGCGACCGGGACGUCAAGCGGUACAAGGCCAUCUAUAGCGGGCCCUCGCUGUCUUGUCGCGUCCGCGACCUCCGCCCCGGGUGCGAGUACUCAGUGUGCCUCCAAAUCCGGGCGGGUUCCCUGACCGGCGCGGCCAGCGACGCUGCGACGUUCCGCGCGCCCGCCGCCCCGCCCGCCGCCGCGCCGCCGCCGCGCGUCACGCAGCGCGCGCGCAACAUGUUGCAGCUGCGGUGGAACGCGGCAGCUGACAACGGCGCGCGUAUACUACAUUAUGUACUGGAAAUGGACAGCGGGGAAGGAUUCCAGGAGCUUUUCAAGCCGCGUACUAAGCAGCACACCGUCAACAAUCUGCGACCGCAGACCAAGUACCGCUUCCGGAUCGCGGCCGUUAACGAGUGCGGCCGCGGCGAGUGGAGCGAGGAGGUCGUAGAGUGGACCGCCGGCUCCCCUCCCCCCGCGCCCGCGCCCCCCACCCUGCGCACCGCCUCCGCCACCGCCCUCACAUUGGCCUGGGACCGCCGCAACGAUGAAGAGUUCGUCCUGCAAAUGGAUGACGCCACCCGCGGACACGGCUUCCUUCCGGUAUACUCUGGUCCGGAUCGAGGUUACGUAUGCGCCGGUCUACGAAGAGCUACUGAAUACAGAUUCCGACUGCGAUGCGAGACCACCGGCGGGCAGGGCCCCUGGUCGACGGAAGUGGCGUAUCGCACGUUGCCCGAGCGGCCUGGCGCUCCGGGCAGGCCGACUUCGCGCGGGAAGAUCCAUUCGCGGGCUUUCCGCCUCCGUUGGGAGCCGCCGGCGGAUGACGGGGGCGCCGCUGUUUCGUCAUACACCUUGGAGAUCGACGGCGGGGAAGGAUAUCGCCCAGCUUACCAGGGUCCCGAGCGCGAAGCCCACUGCGAGCGCCUGCAGCCCGGCACCACGUACCGCGCCCGCGUGCGCUGCGCCAGCGCGGCCGGCGCCAGCGAGUGGUCCGCCGCCGAGACGCUGCGCACCGAGCCCGCGCCGCCCGCCGCCGCGCCCGCGCCCGAGCUGGCCGCCGCGCCGCGCGCCUCGCUGCUGGCGCUGCGCUGGCGCCCGCCCGCCUGCCUCGGCGGCACGCCCGUCACCGAGUACCGCGUCGAGAUCGCUGAAGGAGAGGAUGGAGAUGGUCCACCUCGCGUAGCGUACACGGGCCUAACACCGGAGUGCGUGGUCCGGGACCUGACGCCGGGACGCCGCUACCGCGUAUGGGUGACCGCCUGCAACACCGUGGGCGCCGGGCCCCCCUCCCCCGCCCUCGUGUGCACUACCGCGCCCGCCCCGCCCGACGCCCCGCCCACGCCGCUCGCCUGCGUCCAAUCUCCGCACGAGGCCUGCCUCGAGUGGACCUCCCCACCAGACAACGGAGCGCCAAUCAUUGACUACCGCCUCGAGAUGAGCGUUUCCAACGUCGACGACGCGUUCGCUGAAGUCUACCGCGGCGCUGGCACCACCUGCGUCGUCACCAAGCUCACUCCGUUCUCGCCGUACUUCUUCCGGGUGUGCGCCACCAACUCCGCCGGCCGGGGGGCCUGGUCGUGCGUUAAAGAUGUGUUCACCCCGCGAGCGCCACCCGCGGCUCCCACCGGGCUGCGACACGAAGCGACCGCCGAUAGUUUGCGUCUGUACUGGCGGACGCCUGCCGACCACGGCGCGGAGAUACUGAAAUACCGCGUCGAAGUGGACAGCUCGUCGUUCGAGACGGAGGGGCCGACGCCGGAGCGGAUCGUCGAAGAGUUGGCUCCGGAUACGGUGUACCGCGUGCGCGUGGCGGCCUUGAACGAGCUGGGGCUGGGCGAGUGGUCGGAGGAGGCUCGUGCGGCCACGCGGCCUACGCCUCCUUCUCCGCCGGAACUCCGCUUGGCUCUAGCGGCGCACAACUACUUGAAGCUGGAGUGGAACAGUUCGUCGGAGGGCGCGCAGUACUGCGUGGAAAUGCGCGGGCCCGACGGCCGCGAGUUCCGCCACGUGUACCGCGGUUCGGCGCGCUCUUGUAAAGUGAAGAAGUUGCGCGAGGCGACUUCCUACACGUUUCGGAUACAGGCGAGCGACGACCGCGGCGGCCGCGGCGGCUGGUCGUCCCCCGCGUCGUGGAGCACGCCGCCCGCGCCGCCGCCCGCGCCGCGCCCGCCCGCGCUGCAGCCCGCCCCCCGCGCCGCGCUCGUCGCCUGGGACGCGCUCGACCAUGCCGAGUAUGUGCUGCAGUGCGCCAAGGCUAAGGAUUCCGUCUACAAACAGGUGUACGCCGGCAGCGAGAACCAAUUCCAACUGGAGGAGCUGGAGGCGGGCGCGGAGUACCUGGUGCGCGUGAUGGCGGUGCGCGGCGGGCUGGCCAGCGCGUGGUCGGGCGCGGCGCGGCUGGCGGUGCCCGCGGCGGCGCCGGCGCGGCCGCGGCGCGCGCGCGGCUCGGGCGCCGCCGCCGGCCGCGCGCUGUCGCCGCGGCAGGUGGCGCUGCUGAUGGCGGCCGGCUUCCUCAUGCUGGCCGUGCUGGUGGCCGUGCUGGUGCAGCGGCUGGUGGAGCCGCGCCCGUGACGCGCGCUCGUGGCGGCGCGCCCGCGCGCUCUGGCGCUGCUUUAAGUCGCCGCCGCCGCCGUCGCUCCUCAUGUUGGAGGGGAGAGGGGCUCCCCGAACGUCGCUCCGCUACGUCCCGCAGAAAUGUUAAUUAUUUAUAUGUACAUAUUAUGUAGAUAUCAUAUCGAGUGAAGUGCCGCCGGAAGGAAUCUUAUUUUGUGUACCUUUUUUGAUACGAUAGUGGUAAUGUGUAAUGAAAUGAAGAUGCUCACGUGUCGUUGCGGUCGAGGACGGCGCGAAUCUAUUUUUGUCGUAGCUAGAUUUACAGCCGCGGGGGCUCACGCCCGACGCGCCUUUUGUAAUCGGUAUAUCGGUGUUUCAAAUAUUACUGUCAAUACUGUAAUACCUUUGUGCAUGAGAAACGUCUGUAUGUGUGAACAAGCUAAUAUUUUAAAUAUAAAUAAAACAUGUUAUGAUGGAAGUGUUUAUUUCUAUCUGUAUGUUAUAUCUCGUAAACUUUCAUAAAUCUUCAUUAUCUAGUCUCUCUGCAACUUGUUAUUUCAUUUGUUUUCUGAAGCGACGAGAGUAAUUUUAUUUAUUUAUAUAUAUGGUAAUAUUUUGUAUAGUUAUAUAAAAGUGUACUUCCAAUAUUUUAUUAGUAUACUCGACUCUUGUAUGUUUUCCAUACAUUAGAUAUAUUUUAUAAAAUCAUUCAAGUCUGUUGCAUGUUUUUUAUCAGGAUUAAGUAUAAGAAAUUAGUAAACAAGGUGCUCUAUUAUUAAAAUUCUGUUAAGAGGGGCCUGGUCCCUCGCCUGCAACGAGUUUCCAGUGUGUGUGCUGUGAUCACUUCCUUAUGCGAAUGAGACUGAUUUUACAAGUAACUGCUUUGUUUAUAGAAAUGUUUCAAAACGCUUUCAUAACACUUUUGACAUUAGCUGUAUUUUGUGCUGUUCAUGCUGACUUUACUGGGAAGAUACGGCCUAUCAUGUGGCAACAUGCGAGUCAAGGCUGGUACAAAACUGUACCGGCAGACUGACAUCUGAGAUUCGGGUUAAGACGUCAGUCUCUUAUAUUUUGGUAUUUUUUUUACUUCAGCUGCCGUCGCGUGCCCAGCACAGACCGCUCAAACAAAUACAAUCCGAUUUUAUAUACUCCAAAUGCUUAUUUGAAUAAUAUUGAUGUAACUAAUCAUAUUAUAUGGUCGAUUUGUUUUUAUUCAUAGAAAAUGACCUUUUAUGAAUGACAUAAUAUAAUGAAUAGAUUAAUUGUUUAUUAAAUUGUAGAGAUAACGACUUUUUGAGAUUGUUACCACCCGGCGCUAAAUAUGGAAUUGUCAUUGAAGUAAACUAAAGAAGGCUGUCCAAGAGGCACUUCGAAAAAAAAAGAUAUAGUUAUUAAUCUCUUAUUGGUGUUUGUUACUUUAAUAACAUUAUUAGAAAAUUGUUAACUGAUUUCCAUAUACAUAUAAAUAUUAUUCUAAAUGAAUUUCGUUUUUAGAUAAGCAAAGUAUCUUUAUUAAUUAUAUGUUUUAUUGAAAGUUAGUAGUAAUUGUCAUGCCGUUGUAUGAGAUUUCCAUUUUAAACAUUGAUGUUUUAGUAUAUCUUAUUACUCACUAGUUAAUGUGUCAGAUUUCUGGAAAUAUUAUUAUAUAACGUAAUUACAUUGAGUAUUAUCAUUGUCACAUAGGCCUCUGCAUUCAAUGAUUAUAUUCGAACCAUUGUUAGGUAAUAAUCGUGUUGGUGUCUUACUUAUAUUAUAUACGAGAUUACCGUACGUACAUAUGUUAAAUAAACUUCGUAAAUAUUUAAUAUUUACUUCUGUGAUCAGCUUAAUCUUUUCUUUCUAUAACUUUAUUAUUGUUAUCGGAGACAUUCCUAGGGUACGCGUUGCUUCUGUUUCGAGAUAAGCGUUUCGCCUUGUUGUACUCGUUUCUGCAGUCUGCGUUAAAUUCACUGCGUGCCUCAUUCCGCAAGGCGAAGUAGUAAGCAGAGCUUCACUACUAUGUUAUUAUAAAGUUAUAUUAUUUUCAAAAUUUCAUAAUAAUGAUGUGCAAUUAACAAUUUAUUUAUUUUAAUGGCUUAAUAUAAUAUUUAUUUUAGAAGUGUAACGAAUCUUUACGCAACAAUGAAGGAAUCUAAUGUUCCUAAUAUUUACCCGUCUACACCGGUCACUGCUAAAAGUACUACAGUCAAGCAUUCCAACUAUAUUCCACUUGUAAAUAGGCCUAACGAAUUUUACGACUAUUGAAUGUACAUCUUGCUUUUAUAUUGAAUAUGUAAAUAAAUCUGAUCCUAAAGAGCUUCACAAGAGGCGUGUUUAGACACUGAACAUAUUGUAUGACAAUGGGAAAAUAUACUAUACGUGUUGAGACUAAACGUUUUAAAUUAAUGAGAAGUAUGAUUAACGGGGAUAACAUCUCAUAUUGUAUUUGUGUUUGAAUAAGUAACGUAUAACGAAAUGUAUAUGUUUAUAAUAUAAUAUUUGAUGAUGUUAUGUAUACAAUUUAUUAAAUAUGAAUAUAUCAAUAAAACUAUAUUUUGUGUACGAUGAA